UGCUUGGCCACAGCGGAGAGCAUCGGCCAAUCCCCGGUAAGUUCCUCUCAGCAGCAGGAGGAGAACCUGGAAACUUCGAGACUGCGCAUCUUACUUGCAAGCCACAACACGCACGCAGCAUCAGCGUUCGCAUCAGCGCUACGACCCUUCAUCGCGGCGGUCAAAAGGAAGAGAGCCAGGAGUUCCAUAUCGUUUGCAGUAUCGACUAUGGACCCGGGCAGGCAGGCCAUGAUCAACGGCUGGAAGUCGCCGCGCAGAGACAGGGACAGGGACAGGCACAGAGACCUCACCGCGCCGCGCUACGACCCGGCCAACCGCAUUGCGAAACCCCCUCGACAGCCACCGCCGAAGAGCAGCAACGCGAGUGCGCCCGGCAGAUACCUCACCCAGGACGAGCAAGCGGAACAGUUCAUCGCCGGCGAAGACAAGUUCGUGCUGAAGCAGGCCAAGAAAAAGGCCGACAUCCGCGUGCGCGAGCAGCGCGCCAAGCCCAUCGACUACCUCGCCUUUGCCCUGCGCUUCAUCGACCCUGACCGCGACGUGUUCGACGACGAUGACGGGGAUGUUGAGAUCCCCAUUCCCGCGCCCGAGGCCGUCCUGCAAGGUCUGGACGUGCCGCAGCUGACGGAGCUCGAGGAAGACAUUCGCUCCUACAACACGCUCGAGACCAACGCGAGGAACAAGGACUACUGGACCGCCCUGCUCGCCCUCUGCGCCGACCGACGCCAGAAACUCAAGCCCCAAGGCCCGGAAGGGCGGGCCGUGACCUCGGUAGCUGCCGAUGUCGACCGCAUCCUGAGCCCCAAGACGCUCGAGCAGCUGGAGGCGUUGGAGAAGCAGAUCAGAACGAAGCUGCAGUCCGAAGAGCCCAUCGACACCGAUUAUUGGGGCGAGCUGCUCAAGAGCCUGCUGGUCUACAAGGCGAAGGCCAAGCUCAAGAGCGUCUGUGCUGCCAUCAAAGAGGCCCGGGUGGAGGCACUCCGGGCGCGGGAUCCGGAAAAGGCCAAAGCGUGGGAGGCGUCCGAUGGGUUCGCCGGCACCGCCCCGGCUGCCUCCGCUGGUGCCACCAAGACUGCACCCCGCCCUGCACCCCGUCCUGCGGCGUCGACGACUGCGGGCGCCCAGAGCACGUCCAGCGCGCCGCCGCCGGGAACGGCCCGCUUCGCAUCAGCCGGAAACGAGGACUUCUCGCAGGCGACCAAGGCGCUUUACGACCGCGAGGUGGCCCGGGGCGUCAGCGAGAACGAGGAGAUCUUCACGGCGGAGGAGGCCGUUCCGGGCAUCCAAAAGCCUCUAUGGGCCGACAAGUACCGGCCGCGAAAGCCGCGCUACUUCAACCGCGUGCUGAUGGGAUACGAGUGGAACAAGUACAACCAGACGCACUACGACCACGACAACCCGCCGCCCAAGGUCGUCCAAGGCUACAGGUUCAACAUCUUCUACCCGGACCUCAUCGACAAGACCAAGGCGCCCACGUUUAAGAUCAUCCGGGAACACGGCCGCCGGAAGGGCGAGUCAUUCGCCCCCGCCGGCAAGGAGGACACAUGCCUCAUCCGUUUCAUCGCCGGGCCACCCUACGAAGACAUUGCCUUCCGCAUUGUGGAUCGAGAGUGGGACUACAGCGCCAAGAAGGAGCGCGGAUUCAAGAGCAGCUUUGACAAGGGCAUCCUGCAGCUGCAUUUCCAGUUCAAAAAGAUCUACUACCGGAAGUGAGGUGCUCUCGUCAGCCAUCGGGCUUCGGCCUCGCUCCCACGGUAUUCCCACGGUACUUCUCAGUUCCGGGACGACUCAUCUCUGCGAACAGGGCUUCACGGUGGAGUUGGCCUGGCCGAGGGGAUGCCGGCCCGUGUUGGAGGCCCCGUCUCUGGCGAACCGGCCUUUGUGUGCGUGUAUGAUCUCUGCCGACACUGCAGCGGAUGGACCCACUCCCGACAGACCACAGAGCGAGUCAAUGAGAGCGUGUGUCGAGAGCACAAUGUCCAGCCUUGCCUUGGGUGUGUGACCCGCGUCCCUGGCCAGGUCAUCGUUCCGCCAUUAUCUCCGCCAUCGCGCGGUCUGCUCCGUCACGCCUGAAAAUGCCGCCUCCCGGGCCCGGAACGUGGAACAUGAUCGCGCCACUCAUUUCCCCACCUGAAGCAGAUCGCCGCUUCGGAACCGCUCUGCCUGGGCUGCUGCUCACUCGAGUGCCAGGCUACCCCCCUGAUGGCCCUCCUUUGCCUGCGACGUGUCGGCCCGGCCACACAAAGGUGUGUGCGGAACG